AUGGAUCAAACUCCAGAUCAUGGCGGCUUGCACUACAUCGAGCUCAUCAAAUCCAACCUCCAGUUCAUCCACGGCAGAGACUGCAUAUUCGACGUCCUCUCCCAAGUCAACGCCCCCGACAACUGGCAAGUCAGCGUCUGCAAGACGGACAUCUUCACCCCCCGAACCGUCAUCCUCUUCGACUCGGGCCCCAGCCUCAUCGAGGUGCUGUCCAAGCUGCACCGCCGCUCGGCCGAGGCGCUGGCCGACUUCCUAGGCGAAAACGCCCCCGAUGCGAGCGCGCACGUGAAGCGCAGCAAGGUCGAGGCGCCGGCCCCGUCGUCGCAGAAGAAGAAGAAUGAGCUGCCGAAGAAGGCAGUCGAGAGGUCCAGGAACGGAGUCGAGGGGCCGCCGCUUGCUGACGACGAGAUGAACGAGAUCCAUCCCGUUGCUGCGGCGACUUCGCCGGGGACGGAGAAUCUGCGCUUGGGGGCGAUGAGCCCGCCUUUGGUGACGAAGCCCAGGCGGGGAGAUGCCGCGCCGUGUCGCUUCAGGGGCUGGAGGUCGCCGAGUCCGCCCCGUGAGGAGGAUUUCGAGCCUGUGUCGCGGUAUGAGGAUAGUAGUCUCCGUCCUAAGGGCUUCAUCUGCCCCAAUUAUGGACCGGCGAGCGCCUUUUACCGCGUGCCUGAGGGUCGGGAUGAGCUUUCGUAUUUGCGGAAUGGGAUGAUGGCCAAGGCUCUGGAGUCCAGGGCCGAGGUGAGCAAGCCUGAGGCUGGAGGCUCGGUUUCUCCUCUGGCUGCUUCCAUCUCUACUGCCACUGCCCUGGCUCAAUCUCAGCCUCAGUCUUCUCAGAGCCAAGAGGUCAAGCCCGUCGACAAGAGCAGCGUCCUGCUGUACAUCUCCUGGCCCUCGUACGGCUCCACCAUCGUCGCGGACCAGUGCGAGCUCAGCGUGCGCUCGCUCCAGGGCCGCGUGCGCCACAUGCUGCGCUCCAACGGCCCGGCGCUCUUUGGCGAUGCCCUCCUCGGCGCGGAGCCGCCGGUCGUGUUUGGGCCGGAGGAGGUGGCUUCGUUUGCGGUGCUGGUCAAGGGGUUAAGGGUGAAUGGGCAGGUGGUCAUGCUGGGGCCGGCGUUUGGGGACGAUCUUGAGCAGGUUGUCGAGGGGAAGAAGGUUGAGGGGGCGAUUCGGGUUGAGGUUGAGCUGUUGUGGAAGGGGAGGGAUUUGCGUGCUGCUGCUAAAUAG